UUCAGGUUUCCCACAUCAUCAGAAGUUCACGGUGGGUUACCAGUUCCCCUGCCAGCGUCUCCUUCUGCCGCCUGCCACUUAAUAGGUUGGUCAGGUUGCUUUCACAUCAGAGUUCUGUCAUUUUCUACAUCUGCCUGACUUUGAGAUUCUGACUCUUCUUGUUUCCUCUUUUCCAAGCUUGAAUUUAGUACAUAAAAGCUGAGAUUUUGUCAUUUCUUAAAUAACCAAAGGGAAGAGCUGGCAUAAUGCACAAGCACUCUGGCUGCGGAAUAAGCUUGCACAUUCCGCUCUAAUGGGACUUUAAGGAAUAACUGGAAUUGAGUGAGCCUCCACCCCAUCACGGGAUUCUGCAGAAUCGGAUCUGGUUAUGUCUUAUUUUGGUUUCCUUCACGUUGUGGCUGUGUCCCACUGGCUACAGCUCAAGCCUGGGCUUCGUGUAGAGGCAUUUUCAUCUCCCAGAAGCAGCCGCUGAACCUCAGCCUCGGAGGAGUGUUCCAGCGCCGGCUGCUAUUUUAAAACAGGGAGUCCGAGCUCCCUCCAAGGGUGACGCCCUAUUUGUUGACUAUGAUCUAUGGUGAUGCAAAACUCCCAGAAUAUCCGGGUGGGGGGAUCCGGAGCAUUUCUGAUUCCUUCCCUGCAAAGGGCCCUUCUGCUUUCUAGAAGAUGGGGCUCUCCCCUCUGCUCUCUCUGCAAAGAUCUGGGCUGGCAAAGAAAGGUAUAGGGGGUUACGAUUUGCUCCUUGACCUGUGGGGACAGCUGCUGUUUGCAGUGGAUCUGCUCUUUCAGCUCCUCCUGUUUGGGAGAAGCUGCAGUUUCAGAUUCCGCCUCGGGGCGCCUGAAGUGUUUCUCAGUUCAUCCCUGGGCACCCAGCUUCCUUCACCUCCCACGAGUUCUGAGUAAGCCUUCAAACCUUUCUUGGUGCCUGGAGGUCAGCAGUCUUGGGCUUGGCCGUGUGAGGUGUGUCUGCAACAAAUUUCCAGGGGAGAAGCAGGAAUGCUGAGCCCAGUGUUUCCAAGAGUGUUUGUGUACAAAUCUGGCAGAAAUUUUUGCAGUGUUAUGCAAACUGUAGGGAGUCCAUACAGUUUGGGGCAGAAAAAAAAAAGUGACGAAAGGAUUGCAUAUCCUCGAGCCACUGACCAUUGCCCCAAAGCCAAGAACAUAGAUCUCAGCGUGAUUUCUGGUUACUUACGUAAACUAGAUGUGGGAAUGUUAGGAAAGAGUUAAAAAGUUCUUAAAGCCUUCUCCAACCACCGCUGCAACUGCAGAGAAAAUGCACACACACACACAUACACACACACUCCUGUGGGGAACCUGUUUUGCAAGUUUUGCAGGUAAAAAGUAGGAAGGGGGUUGCUGGAGAGCAGAGUGGGAAAGCCUUAGAAGUAUCAAUUGAAGGUUUUUCAAACCCAAAGUUUUCAAGGUAAUUUUAUCCUGCCAAGAGAGAUGCCUGUGCCACUGUAGGUUUUUCUUUAACCGAUUAAGUGCAUUGUUAGACAGGGAGGGGCAGAUUAACGAAUGCCUAUAAUUUUGAUCAUUGUUUUCUGCAAAACAGCUCAGGCUUUGAAAGUGAAGCCAUCAUCGUUCUUGGCGAGGUCUCUGCAAACCACACAAAUUACACUGUGCAGAGAUCCAAAGCCUCUAAAAAGGUUUCAUUAAUGAAUAAUUUCAGACGAUUGUUUAAAUCUUCGCCUGACAGGUAACUUUGGCAUGGAGGCAGGUGGGGUGAGAGUUUCCAUGGAGAUUCAUGAUGUCAUGCUUGAAAGAGCAUGUCAAGACAGCCAAUUUCACAAGUAGCUUCUCAAAAAGUCCUAUAGGCUAGAGGUAGGUUUUAUGCAAAUGAAAAGAGUUUCGCUGGGAAAAACUGCAAAAGAAAACAGCAGACCCAUGGAAGGGGGGUUUACCUGACAGUCUGAAAGGGUGACCCCAGAGUCCAUUAGAGAAGACGACAACUUCCCCAGGACAAAGGGGAUUUUCUACUUGAAUGCCUCCUCACCUGUGGAGCCCUGGAUACGGACGAGAAGCCCCAAACCCUCUCACAGUCCUCAGCCUCCCAGCUUGGGUGAGCCGGGCGAGCGUUUGUCGGAGACAUCGGGCGAUUCCCUGGAAGCCAUGUCCGAGGGGGACGCGCCCAGUCCCUUCUCCCGAGGCAGCCGGACACGCGCGAGCCUUCCCGUCGUGAGGUCCACCAACCAGACGAAGGAAAGGUCUCUGGGGGUUCUGUACCUUCAAUAUGGAGAUGAAACCAAGCAGCUCAGGAUGCCAAAUGAAGUCACUAGUGCAGACACCAUCCGUGCUCUCUUCGUAAGUGCCUUUCCACGGCAGCUCACCAUGAAGAUGCUGGAGUCGCCAUGUGUCGCCAUUUACAUCAAAGACGAAAGCAGAAAUGUGUAUUAUGAAUUGAACGACGUAAGGAACAUUCAGGACAGAUCUCUUCUCAAAGUCUACAACAAGGAUCCCGCACAUGCGUUCAACCACAUGCCGAAAACUGUGAACGGAGAUGUGAGGAUGCAGAGAGAACUUGUUUAUGCAAGAGGAGACAGUCCCGGUGCCUCUCGACCUGGAUCCACAGCUCAGCCACCCCAUGCAAUUCCAAAUUCUCCACCGUCCACCCCUGUGCCCCAUUCCAUGCCCCCCUCACCCUCCAGAAUUCCAUAUGGGGGCACUCGCCCAAUGGUGGUUCCUGGCAACGCCACCAUCCCCAGGGACAGGCUCUCCAGCCUGCCUGUCUCCAGAUCCAUCUCCCCGAGCCCAAGCGCCAUUUUAGAAAGAAGGGAUGUAAAGCCGGAUGAGGACAUGAGCGGCAAAAACAUCGCCGUGUACCGCAACGAGGGCUUCUACGCGGACCCUUACCUUUACCACGAGGGACGGAUGAGCAUUGCCUCUUCCCACGGCGGGCAUCCGCUGGACGUCCCCGACCACAUCAUCGCGUACCACCGCACGGCGAUCCGGUCAGCCAGCGCUUACUGCAACCCCGCCCUGCAGGCCGAGAUGCACGUGGAGCAGUCCCUGUACAGACAGAAGCCGAGAAAGUAUCCCGACAGCCACCUGCCGACCCUGGGCCCCAAAACGCCGCCCGCGUCCCCUCACCGGGUGGGCGAGCUGAGGAUGAUGGACCUGCCGCCCCCGCCCGGUGCCCACGGGCCCCCUCGCACCCUGCAGCCGGACCGGGUCUCGCCCAGCCGCCAGUCCCUCAAGAAGGAGCCGGGCACCCUGGUGUACAUUGAAAGGCCACGGAACGCCCCGGGCUUAGCCGGCAUGGUGGACCUCGGCCCACCGCUGGUGGAGAAGCAGGUGUUUGCCUACAGCACCGCCACCAUUCCCAGAGACAGGGAAACCAGAGAGAGGAUGCAGGCCAUGGAGAAACAGAUUGCCAGUUUAACUGGUCUGGUUCAGGCGGCGCUUUUUAAAGGGCCAAUUACAAGUGAUAGCAAAGAUGCGUCUAGCGAGAAAACGGCGAAAACCACAGCCAGUAAGAACUACACAGAUAGCGCUGGAGCCCCCCACGUGCCUGGUGGGAAGACCCUGCCGGCCCUGGAGUCCCCGGGGCCGCCCAGCCCGGCGCUGCCUGCCGACGCCUCCCCAGUGCGCCAGAGCCUGCUGCACGUGCGGUGCAGCGUGGCCGAGCUCAGGCUCCAGCUGCAGCAGAUGCGCCAGCUGCAGCUGCAGAACCAGGAGCUACUGAGGGCCAUGAUGAAGGCAGCUGAGCUGGAAAUCAGUGGCAAGGUGGCAGAGACCCUGAGGCGGCUGGAGGACCCCGUGCAGCGACAGCGCACCCUGGUAGAGCAGGAGAGGCAGAAGUACCUCCACGAAGAGGAGAAGAUUGUCAAGAAGUUGGGGGAGUUGGAAGACUUCGUGGACGCCCUGAAGAAGGACUCGGCCUGCGCCGGCCGCGUGGUCACGCUGAAGGACGUGGAGGACGGAGCCUUCCUCCUGCGACAAGUGGGAGAGGCCGUGGCCACUCUGAAAGGAGAGUUCCCGACCUUGCAAAACAAGAUGCGCGCCGUGCUCCGCAUCGAGGUGGAGGCGGUGCGGUUCCUGAAGGAGGAGCCGCACAAGCUGGAGAGUCUCCUGAAGAGGGUGCGGGGCCUGACCGACGUCCUCACCGUGCUGCGCAGGCACGUCACCGACGGGCUCCUGAAGGGCGCUGACGCCGCCCAAGCUGCCCAGUACGUGGCCAUGGAGAAGGCCACUGCCGCCGAGGUCCUGGGGGCCCAGGAGCAAGCGGCCCACGCCCCCGGCCCGCCGGAAGCGGUGCCCCUAUGCGGCCUGCCCGUCCGCCCCGCGCAGGGCUCGCCCCUGCCCGGCCAGCCCGCACAGCUCACCUCCACCCUGCCCGGCUAUGCCCAGCACUUGCCCCCGGGCAGCGGCCCCCUCCCAGCCAGCCCCCCAGCCCGCACGCAGGACGGGGGCUCCGCUCCGCAGCCGGCGCAGGCCCCCCAGUCCCCGCAGACGCCCCCGAACAGCUCCAGCAUGCAGAGCCUGUUCAUCGAGGAGAUCCACAGCGCCAAGGCCAAGAACAGGGCCGUGUCCAUCGAGAAAGCAGAAAGGAAAUGGGAAGAGAAAAGGCAAAAUCUGGACCACUAUAAUGGGAAGGAGUUUGAGAAACUCCUAGAAGAAGCUCAGGCCAACAUCAUGAAGUCAAUUCCGAACCUGGAGAUGCCGCUGGCCUCGAGCCCACUGCCAAAGGGAGACAGCACAGUGGAUAGGCUGGAGCUUUCAGAAGAGUCUCCAAAUUCAGAGCAGGACUUGGAGAAGCUGGGGGGCAGGUCCCCGCCGCCUCCGCCCCCACCCCCGCGGCGGAGCUACCUGCUGGGAUCUGGGCUCACCACCGCUAGGUCGGGCGACGUGGUGUACACCAGCAGGAAGGAGAUCCCCACUGCAAAGGCAAGCAGCGAAGAUGCUGCAUCAAGCCCACAGGCGAGAGCCAUAAAAUGUCCCCCAGAGGAGCCUGUCUCUGCCUGGACCCAAGCUGCACCGCCGGUCACCACCUCCUCCUCCAAGGAUGAGGAGGAAGACGAAGAAGAAGAAGGAGACAAAAUAAUGGCAGAACUCCAGGCAUUCCAGAAGUGUUCCUUUACGGAUGUAAACUCACACCGUGCUACUGAGCAGUCUCGGCCCGACAGGCACGUAAAGGACGCUAGGCCGGGCCCUGCGGUCCCACCCAAGGACAGGAAGAAUUUGGAAAUUUUCCAUGAAGAGGUAUGGAAAUCUGAUGUUGAAUACGAAAACGGCCCCCAAAUGGAAUUCCGAAAGGUUACUGCGGGGGCUCCGUGGCCUACUGACCACCCUAAGGACAAGUGGGAAAGAGGAACGGAGAUCAGUGUCUCUGAUGCACCCAGAACAUCAGAAUAUAAAACCGGCAUCCUGGUGAAGGAAAAUUCCAUAUCCAAUAAGGGUUUGCUCAGAGACUCUUCCCAGAAAAAUGUGUUUAAGGUCAAUUCUGGGUUCUCUGGCAUUAGUUCAUUAGAAGAUGAAAUGAGCCAAAAGCCUACAGUCUCGGGGCUGGAGUUCCCUCCACCUGCUUCUGAGAGCACAAAGAUGAAGGAUGGAGAGAUAAAGGAGAUGAAUCUGCCAGGACAAGAGCAUCCCACCAGAGCAGUGGAAUCGAGUUUUUGUGACAUCAGAACCCAAGAUCAGGAGGUUUCCGGCACAGACUUUGGCCAAGUCGUUCUAAGGCCCAAGGGGGCUAAGUCUGCUAGUGUGAACCUGAACGCGGAGGGAGAACCAACGUCGGGCUCUCCCGCCGAAGAGAGUGCCAACGCCGACAACAUCGCAUUCAUGAUCACCAAGACGGCCGUGCAGGUUCUGUCCAGUGGGGAGGUCCGCGAGAUAGUGAGCAGAAAGGGAGAAGAUGUCCAGACCAUUAACAUUGAUGCCACAAAGGAGGCGGCUGCCCAACAGGCCGGGGCUGAGAGGGACGCCCCCGUCAUGUGCCUGGAUAAGAAGCCGGUGGUCAUCAUUUUCGAUGAGCCCAUGGACAUCCGGUCUGCGUACAAGAGACUCUCGACCAUAUUUGAGGAGUGUGAGGAGGAGUUGGAGAAGAUGAUGAUGGAGGAGAAGAUAGAAGAAGAGGAAGAGGAGGAAAACGGAGCCGCAGUGGUCGGGACUGUCGCUGCCCCGAGGUUCCCCAGGAAGGUGGCCUCCACCACCCUCACGGUGGGGCAGCAGCCCAGGGGUGAAUCACAGCUACCCUCCCCUUCUGCAGAAACCGAGAUGCCCAGUGGGCAGGAAACCAACGGGCCCGAGCUGAGUCCGUUCAGCCCAGCAGAUUCCCCAAGCUUAGAGAGCAAGGGGGACAUCCCGGAUGACCAAUUCGAAAGCCCCAAGAAAAAGUUCAAAUUCAAAUUCCCCAAAAAGCAACUCGCCGCCCUCACUCAAGCCAUCCGCACGGGAACCAAGACGGGCAAAAAGACUUUGCAGGUGGUAGUUUAUGAAGAGGAGGAAGAGGACGGCACUUUGAAACAGCACAAAGAAGCCAAGCGCUUUGAGAUCACCAGGUCACAACCCGAAGACAUGCCCCAAAAUAUGCUCGGGAGGCCGGAGCAGUUCAGUGGAGACAGCAUGCUGCAGAUCUCAAGAACAGAUGAAAUUAGGAAAAAUACCUACAGAACGUUGGACAGCCUGGAGCAGACCAUCAGACAGCUCGAGGACACCAUCAGCGAGAUCAGCCCCAGAGCCCUGGCCGAGCCCUCCAGCCCUUCCCACGGAGAUUCUCUUGCCAGCCCAGCAUACAUGGCCCACGAGGCCUCUCCCCGAACCCCACUGGUUUCGGACGAAGUCCCCACUGCCCUCGAAGCCUCCACGGCGAUACCUUCAGCUUCACGUAAGGGCUCCAGCGGGACCCCACAGACGAGCAGGAUGCCGGUGCCCACGAGUUCCAAGAGCAGACCCAGCAGCCUCGACAAGCCUGGCAAACAGUCCAAACUGCAGGAUCCCCGCCAGUAUCGUCAGGCUAAUGGAAGUGCUAAGAAAGCUGGUGGGGACUAUAAGCCUCCUGCCCCCUCCUUGCCCGCUUCUAAGAUUCCAGCCCUUUCUCCCAGCUCUGGGAAAAGCAGUUCUCUGCCCUCUUCUGGUGGCGACAGCCCUAACCCCUGCCCGCCUGCUACUAAACCGUCGGUUCCUUCUCCUAACCCCCUCAGCCCCCAGCCAGGACGGCCUGCUCACGCUCCCUCCCUCAUCCCCUCUGUCUCUAAUGGCUCCUUGAAGUUUCAGAGCCCGGCUCAUCCCGGGAAAGGCCAGCACCUCUCCUUCCCCCUGCAGACCCCGAAUGGCCGGGCAGCCCCCCACUCCUCCUCCUCCUCCCCCUCCCCGCCCUCCCCCGCCUCCCCCCUGCCCCUCGGCCAGGGCGCCAAGAGCUUCAGGACCCUGCACCCUCCCGGCCUCGCCAGCUACAAGGCCCAGAACGGAGGUUCCGGCAAGGCCACCCCACCCGCUGCCAAGGACACCUCUUAAAGGCCACGCCCCCUAGGCACCCGUGGGAGUGACAGGAAAAAUCCCAUUUUUAACGGUCUGCACCAACUGUUUUCACAGAAGAAUGUAACGAAUUGCUGUGUUGUUUGAGGCUUAAUGCUAAGUAUGUGCUGAAGACUGGGUUAAUAGAUUUCAGUAAAGCUGUUUUGUUUUUUUGGUGUUUUUUUUUUUUAUUUUGUUGCUAUUGUUAAUUACCUAGUGUUUACUGUUUCUGCUCAAUACCUGCUAAAUGAAGUAAGCAUGAGUUACGAAAAGAGAGUACGGUGAGAGAGAGGGAUGUGAGAGAGAGAGAGAGGCAAAAUGUAUUACGCAUGUAAAACAUGUAUGAUGCCAGAAUUUUAGUAUGUUUUGUAUAAAAAUAUUUUUCAUUACGGAGACUAGAAGUGAACAGAGAAAUACACAAGUGUGACUAUACAAAUUGUAAAACAGAUAGUAUAAUAUUUUCCUUUUAUUUUGGUGUUAUUUAGCUUUAUUACAGAUUUCUAUUUUUGUCAAAACUCCAUGGUUCCUUUCAAGAUCUUUUUUGCCAAAACAUUUUGAUACUAUAGCAUUGUACAUUUGAAAGUAGCAUGCUGGACAAUAAGCCAAUGAACUUCUACACUAGCCGUAGGGAGGCAUGUGUGGAAGGCAAUUUAUCAAUCCUAUUGCACUGCCAUGAUAAUUAUGUAUAAUAAUUUGCUAACCCAAACAAGCUAGUUUUCUUUGUUUUUGUUUUCCUUUAUUUCUCUUUUCCUUGUUUUUUCCCUUUUUUUUUUUUUUUUUUUUUUUUCCUUUUUUAACAUACUGGAAUUCUCUAGUUGUUUUCUUCACAGUAUCUAACCCUUUCUUUUGUUUUCUGAGACCUGGUAACCCCCGCUAUUGCAUUGUGGAUUUUAAAAUGUACACUUCUCUAUGGUUCUGUAAACGGAUACACUUUUGUAAAUACAUAAAAUAUAAAUAGACAUAAAAAUACUGUAUGUGACAGCACAUAGAGUAGUUUUCCCACACCAAAGUUAAUUUUUAUGCAUGCUUUAAAAAAAUAUAUCAGGAUGAGCAGAAAUGGAACUAUCCAUAAAUUUUUAAAAAGCAACAAGUUUGCACAGCUAGGAUGUUUUUGUAAAUAAAUGUAUUUGUAUAACACAGUCAUGUAAUAUACAGAACCUAUAAGCAGAGACUUUGCAAAACUAAAUAAAGGGCCGCAUGCUUAUUAUUUUUUUGUACCUUGUCCCUGUAACUACUUCCUAAUCAAAGAACAAAAUGUUACUGUUAGCGUGUUAAAUGUUUUGGCUUUGAGGGCAUUAGGGUACCAUGUCCCCACACUCACUCAGGCAAUGCUGCGUUUCGGAAAGUUCUGGGUUGUAAAUGCUGCACUAAUAAUGAGUUCUUGGUAAGUCCAUCGCAAGUGCGGUGUGUUCCUUUGUAACCCACCGUCUUCUCCGUGGCCGCUGGAGGUUUGGUGAACAGAAAGCAGAUCUGGAAUAUGGAAUUUCCACCCCAUUUACCGGAGGGACUCAUUACUUUCUCUCUUUCUCUCUCUCGCUCUCUCAAAUCUCCAGUAAAAGUAGAAAUAAAAUGCCUUUAUCACUGGUA